GCACAAUUCCCAUGCAGCAUCUCCCUACUCACUCACUCACUCACCCUACACCUUUUAACCUUGUGUAAUCCGCCACCCAUCCACCACAAACACACACAAUGGGGAUGAAGGGACACCCACAGAACAACGGCACCGGAGGCGGUAGCAGCGGCGGUGGCGGGUGGAUGAUGAAAAACAAAAUGGCCAUGGUGGCAGUGGUCAUUCUGAUGGGAGUAAUUGGAGUGAUGGUGGUUCAAAAGGUGAAAGACAGAAGAUUGUUUAACCUUGUUAUUAAAGAUAAAGAUCGCCAAAUAUUCUCUCUUAACCUUCUCUUGCAGAAGGAAAGACAAUAUGCAAAAGAAAACAAAAGGAAGAAUCAAGAUUUGAAUGCAAAGUUAUACUCCCUUAGAACCCAAAAGAUUGAACUCACCAACAAGAUGAUGGAAAUGAGAUCAAUUAUUGGUUCCAUGAAAGAUGAACACCGAGCGUUGGAGUUGGCGAUUGACGAGAAGCAGAAUGAGAUCAACCAGAAAGAAACUGAAAUCAAGGAUUUGAAAAACAGCCGGAAAAUGCCUCCGAAAAUCUGGUCAGUCGGUUCUAAUGACACGUUGAAUUAUCGACUCAACGUGACCGAAAGAAGUGUGUCGUCUGGUCAGUUGAGCAAUGGGAAAAAGCCGAAUCAUCAAGAGAAUAAAAACCCAGAUGUCAAAGUUCAAAAGCCAAAAGAUGAAGCUUCAGAAGCACUUCAAAAAGAGCAUAAUGGUGAUGCGAAGAUUGAUAAGUCCAACGUAAAUGGUACACUAGCCACAAAGGAGAAGUGGGAUUCUGAAGAAAAUGGUGACGGUUUAACCAUGAAAGGAAGGAGAUUCUUUAUAGGGGCAACUGAAAGCCAAAGGGACAAGAGUAACGGUCAAGAUGAAAGAGGUGAAGUGAAAGCAAACACAGAAGAGGGUCCGACAGAAGUCGCACGAUUCAAGUCUGGUAGACCAAACUAUGAAGCUGACAGGAUGGAUGAAGAUGAAGCAGAGACAAAAGUGGAUAUGAAUUCUGCUAGAAAUGGCUCAGCAGAAGAUCAAGAUUACAAGGAAGCAAAAGAAGAGUGAUUUAACCAUAUCUUUAGAUAGUUUUUCGAUUAAAAGUAAUUUGUUUGUUGUGUUUAUCUGAUUUCAUGUAGUCAUGAGAGUUGAACUUGAAUGUAA